AUGCCGAUCCUGCAGUACACCCCGCCCUGGUGUGAUUGGCUGCCAUAUGUGGGGGAGGAGGAUGCACUCCGCAUAACUAAACUUGCUGAUGGCAUUAGUUAUAACCCUAUGGAUCAGUCUGCCAUCCGGUAUCUGCCCCCGGCUACCCACGGUUUCGGGAUUGAGGCCGAAGGUAUGCAGGCCAUAUGGCGCGAAUUCGCGAAAACCGUCGACUUUCGCCGUGAAGUGAAUACAAAGUACUGA